AUGGGGUGUGGCACAUCGAAGCCAACAGUUAUCAACACCAACAAAUCUACAAAUCUGGUAAAAUUUCCGAAGAAAAAAAUCGGUCAUGAGAUUUCUACUACGGCUGACGAUAGCAGAUUGUACGACUCUGACGUCACAUCGUCCAUGGUACCAGAGUUCAAUACGGCCGUCGAACCGACGGACUCGAAUUGGUAUUACGAUGGGUCCGAGCCAGUAGCCGAGGAGAAUUCAGCCAAGGCAGAAGAUAUCGAUGCUUCUGAUCACGUGGACCUGCAACAGAAAAUUGUACGAAAUCUGGAAAAUGACUUUAUUGGCCGUAUUGACAUACUGGGUCAAAUAUUGGAGUACAUUACUGGCCCUCCACAACAUGUGCCGUUAUUGUUGCAUGGCGAACCGGGAGAAGGGAAAACGUCACUUCUGGCGAAGGUGGUUGGGGACAGAGAACACAACAGUUCAAACGGUCAACACUGGCAUGUCUUCUACUAUUUCGUCAGAGUUAUUCCUGGUUCUGGGAACCUGUACCAUAUGCUAAGGCGCUUAGUCUUAGAAAUCGGUGCUGCAACUGAAUUCACAGUGCCAGAAAGUAUGACUGAACUAGUACAACUUUCGUACGCAGCAUUAUCCAAUCCUCUAUGCAAACCCAUGAUAUUGGUAAUGGAUGCGGUAGACCAGUUUGACGAUUUCUUUGAAGACGACGACGUCGUAAGGUGGAUCCCCAAACAACUGUCAUCAAAAGUACGUUUAGUUUGCUCCACAGAAACAGGCACAGCUGUCCAUCAAAAACUGAAGGAAAGAAUACCAUCCAUAAAAGAGGUUCAUAUUCUACCACCGAGUCCGUCGGAACGACAGGAACUAAUUAAAACUAUUAUGCACAGACUUGGCAAAGAGCUUUCCGCUGAUCAAGUAGUCUGUUUGUCGGCUAAACAGUCGUCUGCAAAUUUACUGUGGCUAAAUUUGGCGUGCGACGAACUAGCUGCAAUAGAGGAAGACGGAAUGGUGACGAAACGAAUAGAAGACAUACCGCCUAACAUUGACACGAUGUUGGCGGAUGUGAUUAAGCGAUUCGAAGUAUCAGGUGAUCGAACGGAUCGAUUGGUAGCCGGGUUUCUUUUUCUUCUUAGCUUUUCCGCGCAAGGCAUGCUGGUGUCGGAAAUGAAAUGGAUUCUUGGUGACGAGAGUACCAUAUUUCCGGUACAUGUUGCGGGAUUGGGAGAUAUCAAAAUAACUUUCAAUAGGGUAUACGAACAAGUGGCCGAAGAACGUUGGAAUGCCGUGUAUCAAGCGCUGCGUCACUACACCAGGAAACUUAAAAUUUACGUUAAAAGGGAUAAUGACGGUAUUGACGAUGAAGAUAUCAAGCUUGAUCUACGCCAUCAUGCGAUCAAGAACGCAGUUCGCAGAAUGAAUUUUCUUUCUGGUGACGGAGAUGAUGAUUGUUUCAAGAUAACGGACACAGAACGGAAAGAGAACAAAGAUUGGUGGCACUGUAAGCUGUCUGACUACUUUGAACUUGAAGGAAACGACAGAAAAACCGAGGAAUUCUUCUACCAAGUUGUGAAAGUAGGAAAACAGGAUCAAAUCCACAGAUGCCUGACAGACUGGGAAAUAUUGGAUUCCCUACUACAAGACGAUAUGUUCAGUGUACUAGGUGUAUGGAAACAGGUCGGCGGCCAUAACACUAUGGUAGAUAUUUACAAAGAAUCCAUGAAAGAAUUAGAAGAAACUGAAGAUAGCAAAGAAUUAAUAGCCCACAGAUACAGCCAACUUGCCAAACUUUUGUUAUUAGGCGAACAGUACAUUGGUGCAAAAGAUUUAAUUUCACGAGCCAUAGAAUUACAGAAACGUUGCAGGACAAACCCAAACGAAGAGUUGGUUGAGAUGUACACGCUUGCAGGUGAUAUUCAACAUAAAUAUUUACAUUGUACCUACAAACCCAUUACUGGUGGACAAAGAGAUCAGUUAAGGCAGUUACUUAGGUCCUAUAAAGAUGCUAUCAAAAUUAGACAUAAUUUCUAUUUUACGAAAGAAAGACACAAGUACAAGAUGGCUAUGAGUCAAAUAAAAUAUGUUGAAGACCUAUACUGGUGGAUACACAUUGGUGCAGAUAAAUCAUUCACAGAGAAUGAAGCGAGAAGAGAAGCAAUUUUACAUAUAGAAGAGGCUAUUAGAAUAAGUCGAGAGGUUAAGAGUUACGGCAUGUUUGCUGAAUCCGUGAUGACCAAAGCAAUGCUGGGAGGAGAGGAACAACUGCAGACAUACACAGACGCCCUUGACGCAUGUCUGAAGGCAUACGGUGAAAACCAUUUAUUAACAGCAAAAAUAAACUAUAGACUUGGAGAAUAUUUUGAAAAAGAGAAAGCAUAUGAACGAGCUGCGAAACAUUAUAUUUUAAAUGUCAAAAUUUUGAAUGAGGUGCUUGGGGAAGACCACCCUCAUGCGGUAGAAGCUCAUCAAAUACUACAACGUCCUAAAGUUCAAAAUUAUACACGAUGACAACAAUAUGGCAACAAUAUUGAAAACUUGGACGAGUGCGUCAAAUCAUCGUCAGCAUUU